CCCGAGAAGCGCUUCGGAGGUCGCCGCGGUUUCUGCCCGCUGGUUGUGUGCCCUCCGGUCAGCCGGCAGCUGAGAGACCUUCCCGUCUGGGCGCUGUCACAGCAUCCAGCGGCGACUUCGACAGCCCGGGAGGUGUCGUUUGGCUUCUGUGGCGCCGGUGCUCGAUCAUAUCUGGAAAUCCUAUGAAAAUCGAAGCACAGUUCUUGCUGCUCUGGCGGUAGCGUUGAAGUUGCGGCUGUGGAAGGCCGGUUGUGCGCUCAGCUGCCGCCUCAGGGACGGUGCGUGACUGCCCUCCCACCCGUGGGGAGCUGCCGCCCCUCAGUGAACUACCUCUUAUGAAAUAAAGAAAUGGAUGGGAUGGAUGAAACAUCUAAAAGAAUCCUGGAGCCAUACCAGUAUUUACUUCAACUACCAGGUAAGCAAGUGAGAACCAAACUGUCACAGGCCUUUAAUCACUGGCUGAAUGUUCCAGAAGACAAAAUACAGGUUAUCAUUGAAGUGACAGAGAUGUUGCACAAUGCAAGCCUGCUUGUGGAUGAUAUUGAAGAUAACUCAAAGCUACGACGGGGCUUUCCAGUGGCACACAGUAUCUAUGGAAUUCCGUCUGUAAUCAACUGUGCUAAUUAUGUGUAUUUCCUUGGUUUAGAGAAGGUUUUAACCCUUGAUCACCCAGAUGCUGUUAAAGUUUUUACCCGUCAACUUCUGGAACUUCAUAAAGGUCAAGGCUUGGAUAUUUACUGGAGGGAUACUUACACUUGUCCUACAGAAGCUGAAUAUAAAGCUAUGGUACUGCAAAAGACAGGUGGUCUCUUUGGAUUAGCUGUAGGCCUCAUGCAGCUGUUCUCAAACUAUAAAAAAGACUUAAAGCCACUCCUUAACACACUUGGCCUCUUCUUCCAAAUAAGAGAUGACUAUGCCAACUUGCACUCCAAAGAAUAUAGUGAAAACAAGAGUUUUUGUGAAGACUUAACUGAGGGCAAGUUCUCAUUCCCAACCAUUCAUGCAAUUUGGUCAAGACCUGAAAGUACUCAGGUGCAAAACAUUUUACGUCAAAGGACAGAGAACAUAGAUAUAAAAAAAUACUGUGUACAUUACCUUGAAAAUGUGGGCUCCUUUGAGUACACUCGGAAUACAUUGAAAGAGCUUGAAUCUGAAGCCUAUAAACAAAUUGAAUCACUUGGGGGAAACCCUGAGCUUGUAGCACUAGUUGGACAGCUUAGCAAAAUGUUCAAAGAAACUGAAAAUUAAAAAUGUAACUCUUGGGGGUGGAUUAAAACUUUAAAAUGGGAAAAUAGACUAUCUGAAAGGUGUGGUAAUCAAUCUCACUUCGAACUCUUUUUCUUGUAGCCAUAUUACAGAAAUUACUGUUAAAAACAAUUUGUCAUUGAGUAUUGAAAUAUAUACCCUAUUAUCUAUACGGUCUUAACUGUAACUGCUUACAGAUGGCUUUGUUAAAGCAGAUGUGUUAGAGUUGAAAAAAGUUUUGAAUCGAAUGUGGUCAUCUUUACACAAUCAUCAGCAUUAUUUCAGGUUAAAACUCAUCUUUAACAAGGCUUUUGCAGGUUUCUGGCUGAAAUUCUGUGUCAUUAAAUCAGUUUGAGUGUAUUGUGCAUUUUCAAACAAUGCUGUAGUAAAUCAAAAUGUACAAUGUUACAUAACAAAAGAAGAUACUUGCAACCACAAUGCAGAUAAAACUAUUGUGUAGUAUUUCUAACUUAGACUUAUGAAGAUCAAGUGGGUCAGUGUGCUAAGUUCUAAAGUGAAUACCUUAUCCGGCUUCUGGGGAUACUUUCAAGGGAAUGUGAAUUGUGAAAGAUAGUAUUUUAUAUGCAAAUAAGACUAAUGUUUAGUCUGUAAUUUUAGCUUUAAAAAGAUUUCUAAGUACCUUAGAGAAAAGAUUCCAUCACAUCAGCAAAGCAUAAACUUGCUGCUGAUUCUAGCUCUUCAGUGAAUAAUUUUAGUUGCCUGGUUUUAGAUUUUGAAACUGUCAGGGACUUAAAUCUAUGCAUUAGGGCUCAUACAUGUAACUGUAAAAGGCAACAUAGUAAGUUGCCACAGAAAUUGAAUGUGAUUCACACCAGAUAACUUCAGGACACCGUAAUUGGUGCAGGUCUCUUUAAUCUCUGCUUAUAAUUGAGAGGGGCUUCUCCAGGAGCUGACUCAUAGUUCAUACUGCAUUCCUGCUCUGAAUUGCUAUCUGGAGGCAUGUAGUAGAUAUCUCCAGAGAUACUAAUUCUGUAUUUUUUUCUUGAUAAAUUACAGCAUCUUGUUCUACAAGCUGUAAUAUCACUUCAGUUUGGUUAAUUACUUAAACAGUGCUUUAAAAUUAUGUGGAUGUACUGAAAUAAAACUGGAACUGAUUGAGGGGGGAGGGCUGAGAGGUGACAAAACCCUCUGUUCAUCUAUAUGUAAAGGUGAACAAAAUGUAAGCAGAGGUGUUUCUGUCAUCUCGUCUUGGAUGGCUUUAAUUGAGUUCAGUUCCAUUAGUCUUCACAGCCACAUAAAGCUUUGCUUUGGGGUAGGGAGAUAAUAGUUUGGAUCAAAGGUAGGACUGGUGCUUUCGGCAGCGGUGUUAGCUGAAGCUUACCCUCCAAGGAAAUGGCCAGAGGUACUUGGCUUCCAACAGUUGAAGGAUAGUUUUAUGCAGGUGUUAAUUUACUAUCUCUUGAAAGCAGGGAGAGUCAUGGCCUCAAACCACAGAGAAAACUAACUGGAAAGAUUGCUGUAAUGUCUUCCCUGGGCAGCCUUAAGAUUCCUCUGAAAGUUAUCAAGCAUGAAAAAAUUCAGCAUGACUUCUUUCAGUCAAAGACAUUAUGUAAUCAUGGGUGAUAGCCUAUUCCUUUUAUCUGCAUGCUGAGGAGGAAUCUUCGUCUGCUCUGUGAUUAGGCACAGAGUAAUAGUCUUUUAACUGAAUGGACUUGGUCACCAGGACUGAAUAGCUUCAAGUUGGUGAAAGAUGUCUUGUCUUUAAUGUUAAUGACAGUGAAUUGUAAUUCCUUCUUUUAUAACUUGCAGUGCUUAGUAGUAAGCUUGCAAAUUUUUAAUGUUUUAUGAGAAAAUACUAUCUGCAGCCAAGUACAAUGUUUAUUUUGUGCCAUGUCUUGGGAGUUUCUAAGCACUGUUGCAGCUGAUGUUGAAAAACUGGGAAAAGUAUUGUUGUCAGGAGAAUCUCCUAGUCUUACUUUCAAAGAUGUCCUUGUGCCUAUUAGGACAUUGUAACUAAUAUAUACAAUGCAAAGUGCACAUAGUGCCAUUUCAUGUCUUCUCAGUUGCUGGAUUUAAACAGUUUUGCAUAAUCAAACUUUCUUCAUGAGGUAGCUUUGCUUAUUUUUGUGUAAAAGCUCUCCACCAUCUGAGGCUUCUGCUGUGUCAUCACUUCCUUGGUUCAUUCUGGCAACUCACCCCAGUAUUUAUUCUAAUACCAUAUCUUGUAGAAUGUGCCUUCAUUAACUUAAGAGAAAGUACAUUAGAAGUUUUCCAGCUGGAGGCCCUUUAAACCACAAAUGGAUAAAAAGGGAAAAGCAUCCUGGGAAAAGAAAGCUGGACCAACAAGAAACCAUACAGUGCUGUCUUACUCUUCUACCUUCCAGGCUUCUGAUACCAGUAUUCAAAGCAUACCCUGCAUAUAUGUCUUAAAAGGCCCAGAAGCAUCAUUACUCUUCUCUUUUGUUAGGAUGAACUGAUGCCUCUGAGGGUUUUUCGUGAUGUGUUCAGGAGUUGGAAGAGUCUAGGAUCUUUCCCCUUCAUCUGUUAAGCAGGUAGAGCACCUUUAAGUAUCAAGAGUCAGCAGUGAUGCACCGUAGUCCAGGUAGAUUUUGUAUUUGGUGCCAUAAGAUGAGACACUGCAUCCUCAUCAGUAUUCUCCAGUAUUGGCUCUGGUACAAGCUCCUGGUGUUCAGCUGCGUUAGGUAAAUCACUUCUUUAAAACAGCAUGAGAGUUCCUGUGGCUGCAGAAUGAGUUUAGUUGUGUAAGUGCUGCUCUCUGUUGCUGUGCCUCCCGCAACGCAGGGAAUAGAGGGGUUUUUUUUCCUGGUCUUCACAAGAAAUGCAUUGCUGUGGAAUGGAAAUAUGAGUUGCAAGUGGAAAUGCAUGUGGAGAAAUAAAGGGGAUGCGGCUUUCAGUGUCAGUCCAUUUGAGCCAGAACUGUUCCCCUUAUUACUUUCCUACUGUUGCCAAGAUUUUCUACUUUGAUCAGGUUACCAGGGCAUUUCUUGGGGGUUUCACUCUUGCAGUGUGUAUAAAGAGAAAUGCAAAUACUUAGCAGUCUCCAGCAUUUCCCUGUAACUCAGUCUGUUUUCUGAUUGUGUGCUUGCUUGGAUGUAAUGGUGUCACCUGUCUUUGAGUGACAGCCAUUGGAUGGGACAUCUGUCUCUGCUGCUUCAAAGGCUGAUGUCAUCCCCAUCAAUUCCAGUGAAAAUUGCAUCAUUUCAGGACCUUCCUGAGGCUCUUGCUUGUCUUCCACCUUUCCCUUUGAGCUCAGGCUCUUCAGGUAAUCACUAAGAGCAACUUUGUAUGUAUCAGCCAGUGGGUGAUACAAACAGCCUAAAAAUGUUUGUGGUGGUGGGAAAGUAGCUGUUGAAUGCCUUCAACUUCAUGCUUGAUUUUGCUAAUUAUGAAAUAUCUAAAUGCUUCCAUAUGCUGUGGAAAUUUCCUAUGUUAAUGAUCUCUUUCCCCAGUUACUGUUAAAAUGCUUAAAUACACAAACCUAUGGGAUUUAUGUAAGAAGGUGAAAAAAUACACAAAACUAGUUUGAAUUCUUAAUGUGUCUUUAGCUCUAAAUUAAGCUACGCUUUUAUUCAUGUGGAAGAGCUAUAUAGGUGUCUAUUGCUCCUCUUUGUUCUGUCUUAAUCUUAUCAUUUUAUGUUUCAGGUUUGAUAUUUACUAUGUUCUUUGUAUUAUUUGCUCAGUACUCUCAUUGUAAUUCUUUUAUUUUCUCAGCUAUAUUUCUAUUUUACUACUAAUACCAUAGCACACACAAUAGCAUCGUGGACAAACAAAAUAGUCUGAGUCUGCUUUUGAAAUGUUCAAUCUUGGCUUAUCGUAUGCCUUCACAAAAAUAAUCCAAGAUUUUCUGCAAUCUUGAACUGCCAGAAACUUUUUUUCCCAAGAACCUAAAGCAUGUAACAUUUUAUACUGCCAUAAAUUAUUUUUGUCCCAUGUAGCUGGUGCUCCUUUCUCUCUCCUACCCAUUUGCUCUCAAUGCCUCUUGCUUUCUUGGUAAUGUUCAUUAGGCCUUUCUGUGAAACUACUUAACUCACUAGCCCUGGGGGAGAGGAGUUAAUUUUUGUCUGGGUUAAUGAAUUAUUCCACUCAGUGAGAGCCUGAUGAAUGUCAGAUCUGGCAGGUGCACAGAGGCAAGAGCAGAGCCAGGGAAAGGGUUUUUGAGAAUAAGAAAACCUAUUUCAGGCUCCUGAGGCUGCUGCAUUUUACAGCAUCUGCUCACUUUAUUAGGAAAGGCUAAAGACCAUGGUUAGUUUCCCUUAGGUUUCCGUCUUGUUUUCCAAAUAGAAUGGAAGAGAUAUUUGAGUUAAAAAUUUAUUCUGAUAGUUAUAUAAAUAACUAUCAGAACUAUAUGCAUAUAUAACUAUAUGCAUAUAUCAUCUUAAGGUUUUGAUUAGAUGUAGAUAAGAUAAAACAAAGAGUGCAUUGUUUCAUUACUGUAUGUUUCCCUGGCUUCAAGAAAAAAAUUGUUAAAGAAAAAUAAUCUGCUAUAUGCCUACUUGACUUGGUUGUUACCUCACAUUAACAUCCUUCCUGAAUAACUUAUCAUAGCUGAGCACCAGGGUUUACCAUUUCUGCAGCUUUUUUUUUUUUUUAAAUAACUUAAGAAGGAACCUUUGUGAGAUGUGGCUAGGAGUAAUCCAUGAUUCAUUAAUUGACUUUCAUUCAAGCAUAUUAUCUGCAAAAUUUAUAGUAAAGAUGCAGCUUAAACCAUGUGAAUCCUGAUAGCAUUCCUCACCUGUGUGCCCUGUGGAACAAGUAAGUUCUCACUUAACUCAUUGAAAGGCAUUUACUGAUCGUCUCAGUUUACAACAGCACAGAGAACUGUGGGAGAUACCCCAAGAAGGUCUAACUUGACAGUUCCAGAGAGAGCACUGCAAAGCCUGACGUGAAUUUGUGUGGAAGACUAACUCUGAUGUGAAGAGAAACCCUAGAUAAUUUUCUGCUUUUGAACUCCACAAUAAUCCAUGAAAACACUCUCUACUUUAUCGGUAUAUGACUUACAUGCCGUCAGUAAGCAGUUGCAUCUUUUCUGGAUCACAGUAGGUUAUUGUAACUCUCUUCAUGAUGUUUCAGUUAUUUCUAGACCAUAUGGUAUAAGUUACUUAAUCACUCAAUAGUUAUUGAAAUCUGUAAAAAGAAACAAUGUCAAACGCAUACAUUUUUGUUAUGCUGUUAUGAAAUACACAUGAAAACUGGCCUCUUCUCUUGCUGUAAUCUAGUAUAUCUUACUCUGCAGUGAACUUCUGUUAGAUGAGGGAGGCAUAACAACUUUUAUUAGUUACUAAAAUCAGGCUGACACCAAGGCCAUGUGAGAAAAUUAAAAGGAGAAAAAAAACUGCGAGAAAAAAACACAAAGUUCUUUAAAAAUAGAAUUUCAGAUAGUUGCAUACAUGAAGUAUGGAACUAACUCCUACAGUCUCUCUGUGGCUUUUACUAAGGAACCUGUUGCUACUUAUGCUCUCUUCUUUUUGUGGGUGGGAUGGGGUGUAUAGAUCAAAGUAAAAACCAUGUGGAAGAAUUGUCAUUGCUAUUCCAAGAAAUGCAAAAACUGUGCUAUAAACCUAUCUUAUACUAAUAUCGUUUACACUAACUAAGAUGAAUGUUCAAUAAAUUCUGAAGUUAAAUUCUUUUUCAUUUAGAUGCUUAUAAAAUGCAGAAGUUGCAAUUCUAGGUAAUGAGGUGAAAAUGUUAAAUUGGUCUAGUUUUAUUGGCAUUGUGUUUCUUGUCAAGUACAUUGGAUGAAUUGUAGCUACUUGUUGAUUACAGUGCUAAAACAGAAGAAAAAUACAAAGAUGGAAAGAAUAAACAGUAAGCUAUGCUAUUCUCAUUAUUUUAGAAAUACUAGAUACAUAAAUUCAAAAUCAUAUGUACAGGUUCUGAGAAUGUGUUUAAUAGGUAACUCAGCUACUGCUGGGGUCAGAAAGAGUGAAAAGUACUUGUUUUCAGCAUCUUUCCUGACCUGCAGUCAAAGAAAGCUCUCAGGAUAUACCUGGGGAACAGUGAGUCAGAAAAGGAGAGCAAGAGGGUUUACUGCCAUUGUUUCUGCUUUCAUACUUGUACCGCAGUCUGUGCAGCUUCAGCGUCAUUCAGAACUGGAACAGACUGGUUGGAGGGUGCCCUCUGCGGGAGAUGAAUGGGCUCUGGAGCACAGAUGGGACAGCAACACUGCCAGAUAUAUGGAAGAAGGACUAGGUUUGGGUUUGGUUUUUUUUUUUUCUUCUCCAAAGACAGUAGUUGGCCUAAGAAAACACCUUGCCUUUGGCAAAGGAAGACUCUGAGGUGAAGGCACAGAGAUCUUCACUGGAAUACCCCUUUGGGGAGCAGCUGCUUUGUGCCAGACAGUAAAGCACACCCUCAAAGCCUGUUGCUGGAAGAUGCAAGCCAUCAGCAUGCCAAAGAAUUUACAUAUUAUCCAGAUUACUUUGACUGGAAUAUACUAGUGUUACCUGUACUUGAUGUCUGUAAUCAAUAUCACAGAAUCUGAGCAGAGUAUGAAGCAGAACAGCACUCAAAUAGCUUCUUGAUUACUUACUGUUGUGAUUGCUUUAGUCUUUGUGGUCCUAAAAUUCAAGUGAUACUGUUUGAAUUAAGUGUUUAUGAGACUUUGAAAUACGCAGCGCAUCACUGAUGAACGAAUAUGGCAAAUGUCAACUAGGAUGCUUUGGUUUUGUAGCUGCAGAACUGUGUGAAAGCUACUGGCCCUUGUCAUACCUGUCUCUGUCAAACUGGAGAGCCCCUACUGAAUUUCUGCUCCCCACAAAUUGUUACUUAAACAAUACACUGGAGUGGUUUUGCUGUUAAUCUACAUACAUUGGACGCUGCGUUCUCUAA